AUGUUCGGCUUCGGGCACCACGGCCACCACGGCCAGAACCCACCGGCGCACCCCCCGGCCCACGGCGGCGUGCACCAGCCCACCUUCAAGAUCUUCUGCAAGGCCGACGAGGGGUACUGCCUCACCGUCCGCGACGGCAACGUGGUGCUGGCCCCCGCCAACCCGCGCGACGAGCACCAGCACUGGUACAAGGACAUGCGCUUCAGCAACCAGAUCAAGGACGAGGAGGGCAACCCUGCGUUCGCCCUCGUCAACAAGGCCACGGGGCUCGCCGUCAAGCACUCCCUCGGCCAGUCCCACCCGGUGAAGCUGGUGCCGUUCAACCCGGAGUACCAGGACGAGUCGGUGCUGUGGACGGAGAGCGGCGACGUAGGCAAGGGCUUCCGCUGCAUCCGCAUGGUGAACAACAUCCGCCUCAACUUCGACGCCUUCCACGGCGACAAGGGCCACGGCGGCGUGCACGACGGCACCACCGUGGUGCUCUGGGAGUGGGCCAAGGGCGACAACCAGAGCUGGAAGAUCCUCCCCUGGGGCGACGAGGCCUACGCCGGUGGCAGCGCCGCCAACGCUCCGUACGGCCACGGCGAGCCCACCGUCCGCAUCUACUGCAAGGCGGACGACGGGUUCAGCGUCACCGUCCGCAACGGCAGCGUGUGCCUGGCGCCCACCAGCCCGCGCGACGAGUACCAGCACUGGGUCAAGGACAUGCGCCACAGCAACAGCAUCAAGGACGAGGAAGGGUACCCGGCGUUCGCGCUCGUCAACAGGGUCACCGGCGAGGCCAUCAAACACUCCCAGGGCGAGGGCCACCCGGUGAAGCUGGUGCCGUACAACCCCAACUACCAGGACGAGUCGGUGCUGUGGACGGAGAGCCGCGACGUCGGGCACGGCUUCCGCUGCAUCCGCAUGGUGAACAACAUCUACCUCAACUUCGACGCCUUACACGGCGACAAGGACCACGGUGGGGUGCGCGACGGCACCGCCGUCGUGCUGUGGAAGUGGUGCGAGGGCGACAACCAGCGCUGGAAGAUCAAAUGUGCUGUGCUGGGGCUGCAUUGGUCAUCACCGGGAUCUGGAGUUGGAGUUGGAGAGCACAGCCACCUGUGGUCAGCAGCAGCUGCUGCUGCCGUGUUGUUAGAAUAA